UCCCAAAGAUCUCUCCCAUUACCAUUUUGCAUCAUUCCAAUUGCUCUGCUUCCUACCGUCCACAUCCAUUUUGCAUCAUUCCAAUUGCUCUGCUUCCUACCGUCCACAUCCAUUUUGCAUCAUUCCAAUUGCUCUGCUUCCUACCGUCCACAUCCAUCCGGCUGCCAAAGGAAAACAAAAAGAUGAAAGAGAGCGCAUCGUCAAGCCCAUGCGCAGCCUGCAAAAUGCAAAGGAAAAAAUGCAGAGAUAAUUGCCUCCUGGCACCAUAUUUUCCCCAAAAUAAUCCUCAGAAAUUCUUGCUGGUACACAAAGUCUUCGGGACUGGCAACGUUAUCAAGUUGCUUCAAGAUGUUCCAGCGGAGCAGAGAGACGAAGCCGUAAAUAGCAUGGUGUUCGAGGCAAGAGAAAGGCUUCGAGAUCCUGUGAAUGGAUCUUCCGCAACAAUAAAUAAUCUUCAGAGAAAAGUCGCAGAGCUGCAAGCACAAUUGGUCAAGACGCAGGAUGAGCUAUCUAGUAUUCGCACAGAGCAUGCAAAUCUUGUAGCCAUUGUCACAGGUUAUAACGAUGCUUCGCCUGACCAUUUCUUCUUCGCGCCAUCUCCAGACGAUUACCACACAGACGCCAGCUAUCAAUUUGAUACACAAGAUCAGCUAUGGGAACCCCUUUGGAAAUGAUUUUAUUUUCAUUCCCUUCUAAGCUUUUCCCUUUUCUUCAAGCUUCUGCUCUUUACUAUAUUGCAAUACCUAAAUAGAUUCAAAUAAAUCUGCCAUGAUUAUUGCUCUUUUUGCGGACCAGUGAGCAAUAAUUUAGUCCUGCAAAUUAGUACACAGAAGAUAAAAAAUACUUGAAAUAAAGCGAAAAGUGACUCCAUUAAGUGGUGUAAUGUACGGAGUACUUGAUCGCGAGUAGUUUGGAAUGAAUCUUCAUUGUUCAUAUGCCGGAGUGAGUUUAGGCGGUUUUAUUAGGGCUGUUGCCAGGCAAAUUGGCGUGCUGUGCAGCUUGACAGACAAUAGAAAGCGGUCAGGGACCACAGAACAAAUGGUAUUCCGAGUGACAACAGUAUGUAAUGUAAUGAAUACAUAAUUUUUGCAGAUAAAGAGGAAAGUAAAUUAAGUGGGGUUACUGGUACAAA